AAACAUUGGAGUGAACAAAAAUUGCUCCUUAAACAUCUAACAGACUGUUUUUAUGCAAAUAAAGAACACAAUCUUACUCUUCCUGAGAUCGGGAAUAACAGCUGCUGUGUAAGCAUGAGAACUAAUCCGCAAUGAAGUGGUCCUAGCGUAACCCGCUGACCAAAAAAUACAGCCAUCAUUCAUAGAUCUCACUAAAUUAAGAGCUUGAGAGUUUAGUUGGCCACGUCGCGGGAUUUAUCUGUAGGGGUUUGGCGUUGUUAUUCAGUUAUUCUAGGGGAUCUAAGGCUAAAACAUUUCAGAUUUAUCCAUUUUUCUGGGACACAAAGAUGGCACAAGUGGGUGUGGGCUGGUUUUCUUCCGGUUGUUCUUAUAGAGGGUUUCCUUUGCAGAAACUAACAUCCUCGGCAGUCCAUUCUACUACGAAGAAGGUUACUAGUGUUAACUAUAUCGAUUGUUCAAAUAAUCAUCGGAAUCGACGAUCAUUAGCACCACUAAAUACCUCUUCCAUUGAAAAGAAAUCAAAUAAAAAGCUGUCAAGGAAAACAGAACAUCAUUUGUGGAUGAAAAGAGAUUCAGCUGAGUCUGGUCAUAAGGCUCUUAAUCUUGUUCAUAUUAUUUCAGAACUUCCAAAUGAGAAAACGGCCGUUUAUGGAGCAUUAGAUAAGUGGACAGCUUGGGAAACUGAGUUUCCGUUAAUUGCAGCAGCUAAAGCUCUCAGAAUUUUACGACAGAGAAGCCGAUGGUCACAUGUUAUUCAAGUGGCCAAGUGGAUGCUGAGCAAAGGCCAAGGACUCACAAUGGGGACAUAUGACACACUGUUGUUGGCAUUUGAUAUGGAUGGAAGAGUAGAUGAGGCUGAAACAUUAUGGAACAUGAUAGUGCACGCACAUACGCGCUCCAUCUCCAGAAGAUUGUGUUCUAGAAUGAUAUCACUGUAUCAUCACCAUCACAUGCCAGAUAAAGUCAUAGAGGUGUUUGCCGACAUGGAAGAGCUGGGAGUGAAACCCGACGAGGACACAGUCAAGAGGGUGGCACGUGCAUUCCAGGAAUUGGGUCAAGAAGAAAAAGAGAAGCUGUUCGUCAACAAAUACCAGAGUAAAUGGAAGUACCUUCACUUUAAUGGGGAGCGAGUCAAAGUUAAAAGACAUGGCUGGAAUGGAUAAACAGGAGUUCUCACGAGUAAGCAGAAGAAUAUUACUUGGCCCUUAAAAAGGUGACCUAAAAGUAGGUUCAACUGGCAUCUCUUAGGGUCCGUUUGGCACACGAGAUUCAACAAUGCAGUGUGGUUCCAAAUUACACGUAGUAGAAAGUCACUGCAUUGGAACUGCCUGAGUUGAAUGUUUGGUGUUUGGCUGGGUUAGGGUAGAGAAAGCAAAGGGUUCGGAAAGAGAGGUGAUUUUGCUUUACUGAAGAUGCAGCAACAGAGAUAUAUUGAUCUCUGAAGACAUAUAUAUUGAUCUCUAAUCUAUCAUACAGUGCAAUAAGGUUUCUGUUUUUCGUUCAAAAUAAUCUUCAAAAACUUAUUUGACAGCGGAGAUGAUCGAAAUCGAGAUCUCUAUUCACAAAAAAAGUUCGAGAUUUUUACAAAAUUGGAUACCCAUUACAUCCAUCAUACCUCUAAUUUGCUGGAUCUAUAUUAGUUUCAGUAUUUGUAUCUCAAGGAAAGUAGAGAUCAAAUCAAUGAAGAAGAACAGAUGUUGCAGAGAAAGAAGAAGAUGAAUAAAAGGGAAUAUUGGAAUAGUCAACAUAAGUCUAGGUGUAGUUCGAGGGUGUAGUUGAAGGCUGAAAAGGGAGACAUUCGAUUACUUCCUAAAAAGGUCGGUAUUGAAUGCAGCCGAUCGGGAGUGGUUCGAACUACCAGGUAAUUCUUAUGUUGCCCGUUUGGGACGAGCCAAACAUGCUUACACUGAAUGCAGCCCCUUCCCCUUGACCACACCUUUGACUGCACUACCUUCUUCUAUUACACCGUGACAAACGGACCCUUAGUGUGUUACCAAGCAUCUGUCAUCAUUAGUGAGAAACCAUCUUAGUGUGUUACCAGUCAUCUGUCAUCAUUAGUGAGAAAUCAUUCUUGAUAAUUCUUUUCUCUCCUCUCUCUCCUCUCUCUCACUCCUUACUCUUCAACAAAACCAUC